UUUGUAUCGGAGUGUCAUUCAAAUCAUCAGCACCUCGUCGAACAGUCAAGAGGCACUCUAAUUGUCAAAAAAGUGGACGCAAAUUGAAGAGCAAUCUUCAAAACUCCGAAGCAAAACAAAAAAAAACAUAUAAAAUCCUGCUAAAUGGAGAGUUUGCAUUACAUGGGGCCACACUUUGCAGCCCUUCAAAACGGCUCUGUUACCGACAAGGUAACACCCGACAUGGCGCACCUUAUCCAUCCGUAUUGGAAUAAAUUUCCACCAGUAGACCCCCUUAUGACGAAACUCCUGGGCACAUUCUUAGGAAUCAUGGGUUGUCUAUCUUUCGUGGGAAACGGAUUGGUUGUUUAUAUAUUUUCAACAACAAAAGCACUACGAACACCAGCCAACUUAUUGGUGCUAAACUUGGCGUUUUCUGACUUUUGUAUGAUGGCUUCAAAUUGCCCAAUGAUGGCAAUAAACCUAUUUUUCGAAACAUGGGUACUAGGGCCCUUCAUGUGCGAUAUGUACGCUAUGCUGGGUUCCGUUUUUGGUGCCAAUUCAAUUUGGUCUAUGAGCAUGAUAGCUUUGGACCGAUAUGAAGUAAUUGUCAAAGGUGUUUCUGGACGUCCAAUGACAAUAAAACUAGCUGUGAUAAAAAUUGUUAUGAUUUGGACAAUGGCAACUUUCUGGACGAUUGCACCAAUGAUGGGUUGGAACAGAUAUGUUCCUGAGGGAAAUCUAACUUCAUGCGGCUUAGAUUAUCUCGAACAGGACUGGAAUCCAAAAAGCUAUCUGAUAUUUUAUACUAUUUUCGUGUACCUCCUUCCUCUGUUUGUCAUUUGCUAUUCCUACUGGUUUAUUAUUGCGGCUGUUGCAGCUCACGAACAAGCAAUGCGAGAACAAGCCAAAAAGAUGAAUGUCAAAUCAUUGCGCUCUCAAGAGGACACAGACAAGAGUGCCGAAGCUAAAUUAGCUAAAAUUGCUUUGGUCAAUAUUUCAUUGUGGUUCUUCGCGUGGACACCAUACGGCAUACUUAAUUGGAUGGGAUUCUUCGGAUCUCAGGCUCUAACACCAACUUUAACUAUUUGGGGGGCAGUAUUUGCCAAAUCAGGAUCCUCAUAUAAUCCUAUAGUUUAUGGCAUAAGCCAUCCCAAAUAUCGUAUUGCUCUUAAGGAGAAAUGUCCAUGUUGUGUAUGUGGCGAUACAGAAGAACCAAAAGCUAGUGAUGCAUCUUCACAAGCAACUAAUGCUGAAACGCCUGCAUAAAUUGUAUUAUGCUAGCACAUUUUUUAAAGUUUGUAAUAUAUGUAAAUCAUUAGUUUGUAAGGUAUUUAUAAAGAUCUAUAUAUUUUAAGCUAUUCUUACUUUAAACAAUACAAAAAAACCGAAAUAAAGCAUUGACAUCUUAAAACCAAAAA